UUAUUUUGUGUAUCUCAAAUUCAAAAUGUCAAAAAAUCAUGAAAAGAAUUCAAACCUAAACGAAUCAAAUGAGAUUUAUAUAAAUUCAAAUGCUGAUGCACCUUUUGACGAUAUUGUGAAGAGUAAUGUUAAUAGCUGUUGGUUGAAUGAUAACGAGGUAUUUGGAUGUUCCAUAUGGUGGUGUGUUGAUUGUUGAUACAACAGGACUUAUUGGUUUAACUUUCGAAUGUGAAAAAUCUAAUCUUUGUAAUUUGAUGGGUCAAGAACGCUAUAAUGGUUUAGCCUUGUUGAGCAUUGAAGCCUUGUGGACAAAAGUUAUGAAUGUUGAUCAGCUCAUUGAGCAAAUUAGAGUUUUCGCAAGAAUACUCAUUUGUACUAUACUACUUCUAAAUACUUUGAAUUCAUGGUAUGGAGAUCCUUUAAAUGAAGGUAUUGGUAAAAAUCAUGUCAAAAAAUCUGGAGUGCGGUUAAGCUGGAACAAUCUUUAUGUAUCAGCUCAACUUAAAGCAUCACCAUUUAAAAACUUGUUUAGAAAAUCAAACCAACAGAAUAUUACAGUUAAAAAACUUUUAGAUUCUAUUACUGGUGCUGCUGAACCAUCAAGCUUACUAGCAAUAAUGGGUGCAAGUGGAGCUGGCAAGACUACUCUUUUAAAUGUUCUAUCUGGUCAAAAUGUGAAAAAUUUGCAGAUAACUGGUGACAUAUUAGUAAACAAUAAAAAUAUUCAUAGUAAGAUUAAAAAAAUAUCUGCUUAUGUGCAGCAAGAAGAGUUGUUUAUAGGAACACUUACUGUUAGAGAACACCUAUUGUUUCAGGCUUAUCUGCGGAUGCCAGAAGCAUACUCCACAAAAGAAAAAGAAAAAAGAGUUGAUGAUGUUAUUGCACAGUUUGGACUAGGAAAGUGUCAAAAUACAGUAAUUGGAGUUGCUGGAAGAAUUCGUGGAAUUUCUGGCGGAGAAAAUAAAAGACUUGCAUUUGCUUCAGAGAUAAUUACUGAUCCUAAACUUCUUUUUGUGGAUGAACCGACAUCAGGACUGGAUUCAUUCAUGGCAGAAAGUGUAAUAACUUGUUUACAAAAGAUUGCUAGUGAAGGUACAACAAUUAUAGCUACAAUUCAUCAGCCUUCAUCUGAGGUUUUUGUCUUGUUUGACAGUUUAUUGGAUUGAUAUCUGGCUUGGUUUUUCUCAAAGUUGGUAAAAACACAACAGAUGAAAGCAAUGAUGUAGCUACAAAUGUAAAUGGUGCACUCUUUUUUACAGUUAUGACACAGUCAUUCAGCGCUCUAAGUGGAUCCUUAUAUAUAUUUCCAGCAGAAAUUCCGGUUUUCUUAAAGGAGCAUAAAUUAGCCAUGUAUCGGCCAGAUGUUUACUUUAUCAGUAAAACAUUAUCUGAGUUUCCAUGGUACGUUAUUGGACCAGUUAUUUAUAGUACUAUUUUCUACUUUAUGGUUGGUUUAAGAACUGAUGCUGCUGCAUUUUUCAUUUUUGUUGGAAUUGUUCAAUUAUUAAACCAAGCUGGACUAUCAUUUGGAUACUUUAUUUCCUCAAUUUCUCCUACUGUGCAAGUUGCUACAAGUGUUGGCCCUCCAUUAAUUAUGCCCUUUGUGCUGUUUGGUGGAUUUUUUCUUAAAGAUAUGUCUAUUCCUGAUUAUUUUAUAUGGUUGAAAUGGCUUUCAUUUGUCAAGUAUGGUGCUGAAUGUGUACAGAUUAAUCAAUGGGCAAAUUAUGGUCAAGUAGGUCAUUGCAAUGGUACGAAUAUUUGUUUUGAUGGAAAAAAAGUUCUUGAAUCUAAUGGAUAUUCAAAAGAGAACUUUAAUCGCAACAUUGGCCUCCUGUUUGCCUUGAUAUUUGGGUUUCGAAUUUUGGCACUUUUUUUUGUUAUGUUACGUGCACGUCUCGCCAAGUAAAUGAAGUUUCAUAAAAAAAAAAAAAUUUGAUGACAUUAGUUAUUUAUUCAAUCUGAGUAUUUUCAAUAUAUUUGUAUAGAUAUAUAUUUUUUUUAUUUAAUUGAUUUAUUUUAAAAAAAUAAAUUAUGUUUUGGUUGCAAAAUUUA